AAUUUUAUGAUAAAAGAAAAAGAAAUAAGAUAUAUAAGUUAUAGAGGGUUGCACAUAAAUUUUAAAUUUUUUAUUAGUAAACUCAAUUCAAAAGUUAAUUUAAUGCAUUCAGUGCUGGUAGGAAACUCGUUGUUUACGAUAUUAUGGGAACUUCCCAUGAGAGAGAUUUACUUUGGAUGAGUCAAUACAGUUAAAUAUUUAUGUUUUAAUAUUCCUAGUCCUUUUCUAUCUAUCAUAGGAUCAGUGAUAUGAACUAAAAUCGUCAUAAAUUCAAAACUGUCGCGUGUUUCACAGUUUACUAUGAUUAUUCGAAAACUAUUAUCGAAGUGCAAUACAUUGGCAAUGUCUCGUGAAUAGUAAUAGUUCGUCACAAUCAAUGUUACGCAUCAAAGUAGUAUCAUAAACCAGUUCGAGAGUGGUGAGACUUAUUAUGCAUCUCGAAGAAGAGCUCUAACUUCUUGCUAACUUAAAGGAGUAGAGAGCAUUUAUGCGAUUAGAGACAGUGAAAGAUGUAUCAAGAUGAAACGUAUCGAGAAGAGAGAAAAAAAAAUAUCUCUAAGAAGAAAUUAUCAAAGAAAAUAAAAAUUAUGUAGAUCUAGCUUAAAGGUAUGAAGAAAUUAUGUUAAUUAUUUAUUUCAUAUCAUUCUAAUCAAUUGAAAACUUUAUUAUUUUACAGAAAGAGAAUAUAAAAUAAUUUAUCAACGAUUAAAUAUUAUUUCGAUUGUCAUUAAUCUAAGAAAUAAAGAGAUUAAUUAAUAUCAAAUAACUUACACAUAUAGAUAUAAAUAUUAAAUAUAACUUGAAUUAUCAUCGAUUUAAAUAAUGAAGCAAAUCAUUAAUUAGAUAUAAUUGUAAUCAUUUGGAAGGUCUAAUUACUAUCAUAGAUAAAAACUGGUUAAUUCCAAAUAACUUACAUAGAUAAACAUUAAAUUUAAAAUUUUAAUUAUCUCUUAUCUGAAUAAAACGAAGUUAAUCGUUAAUUUGAUAGCCUUCUAAUCGCUUGGAAAAAUUCUAAUCUCUCAAAUUAUUAUGAAUACAGAUUAACUGAUACUGAAAACAGCAAUUACAUAUUAGUUCAAUCAAUUAUCUAUUCCUCGUAAUCUCGACUUACCGAUCAUUUUCACAAUAAACUGUUACCAAUAGAUAUUUCAUUUCUCAGAGAAGUAACACCAGGAAGAGAAGGAGAAGAAGAAAAAGAAAAAGAAAAAGAAAAGAAAAGAAGUUCUACGAUUGGAGAGUUUGGAUCAAGGAUAUCACACGCCUACGAGAAAAUCCUGGAAUAAGUUGGCGCCGUUUAUGAGGAUCUUACGUGCGACGUGGAGAACAAGUUGCCGAUUGAAAACGAAAGAGAAGGAAGAAUGCAAAGGGAGGAACGUGAUAUAGUCGGCUGGUUGGCGAGUUUCGUUCCACGAAGAAGCGACAGUUUCGUGUGCGUGUCUCAUCGUGACUCUCGUAGCACGAACUCGAACGUGAGUGCACGAGGAGAAUGCAUCGUGUUGGAAUAAAACGUUUCGAGUUCCUCGAUUCUCUGAUCGUUCUCUCAUUGUUGUUCGCUUCUUUGAUCGGCGAUACUGGGGGCGUUUGGAAAAGACGAGAGGACAAAACGAAAUGUCCAAGAGUCAAGGGAAUACGAAACUUUGACAUAACGGAGUUUCUCGGAUCAUGGUACAUAGUGCAGUAUUAUGCUAGCUCCGAGGAAGCUCUCAUUUAUAGAUGUAUGAGAGCUGAAUUGUCCGUGUCAUCUGAAAGCGCAGAAGUUACUAUGAAUUUCACGUAUAGUUUUACCGAUGAUCCGAUCAAUGAACAGCUCGUUGGUAAUAUCACAUGGAAAAUUCCUUCACCGGAGCUUCCAGCACAUUGGGUUCAUGCGGAAUUUCCCUAUGAAGAAAUAUAUAACACUUAUAUAUUGGAUUCGGAUUACAAAACGUGGGCCUUACUGAUGCACUGUGCCGAAAAAAAUAAGAGUCCCCGUUAUUUGUCUAGUUUCAUUAUGAGUAGACAGCCUAGUCUAGGGGUAAAUGUAAUUUCUUAUCUUCGUGAAAAAUUACCCAAGUAUGAUAUAGAUUUGGAGUAUAUGUUUCCUAUGGAACAAAAACAAUGCAAUCAAACGGAUAUACCGCCAUAUAGUAUAUCUUUCGUUCCUAUGUCGACGGACAAGAAAAUUAAUUCUAGCAGAAGACAUUUAUUAAAACGGAAACACAGACGACUUUAAAAUAUGAUUAAAUAAAUAAUUAUGUUUAUACACAUGUAUAUCCCGUUAUAUUAUAAUUACAACAAUGACAUCGAUACUUUAAAUUAAUCUGUUAUUAAUUAAUUAAUCAGUUAUUAAUUAAUUUUAUUAUAUUCAAAUAAUAUAUAAUCUUUUUAUUUAUAAUUCUAUAAUUGUAAUAAAGCGUUAUUGUUUUCUAGAUAUA